AGUCAACAAAGAAGGCAGAGGAAUAUAACGACAACGAGCACUUUACCGGAAACCUCCCGUUUUCUAUUACUUUAGCAGUUUUAGAAUGUGUUUUAUGUACGAAAACCUAAAGGAAACUUCAUAUCUAAUGAAGAUUAAAGUUUGGACGCACUGAGAACCGAUUUUUUUUUAGCUGGUUCUUGUAAAAAAAAACAAAAAAGCCACAAUUUUAAAAUGCCAGACGACGGGUUCCUCUCAAGCGUGAACGUUGUUCUUGUAAUGGCUUACGGCAGCCUGGUGUUUGUUUUGCUGUUCAUCUUUGUAAAAAGACAAAUUAUGCGCCUUGCCAUGAAGUCUCGGAGAGGACCACAUGCUCCCAUAGGCCACAAUGCUCCUAAGGAGCUGAAACAAGUAAUUGAAGCCAAACUGUGCCAGGUCCAGAAAAUCCACUUUGAGCCUCGUCUGUUUUCCCCAGCUGACGACCGUCUAACGCAGAGACAACAAUCUGGUUCUGAUGACUACCUGUACAGGAUGAAGGCACUGGACGCUGUCCGGGACACUGGUGAUAUUCUGUCUUGGUAUAGUUUAUGUUUUUGUAAUUGCAUGAGAAAUAAUCCAGUCUCCUACAUCCACAUCUUUCCUUUGCUUCCUUUAGAUUUUCCUUUCCGUGAACUGGGUGGCACCCCUUCCGCUGUUACUGGAAAAACAUUUCGGACCUGGCUGCUGCAGCUGCGAAAGUCCCUGGACAAAGACAAGCACAGCUCUCUGAUAUACACAGUGUUAGAUGGCUAUAACAGAGCACGCCAUGGGGCCGAGGCAUUUGGAGAACCAGAGUUUAUCAAGUAUCAGGAGGCUCUAAGUGAACUAGCCUCUAUCGUGAAGUCUUGCAGCAGCACGUUGAGCCAACACCAGUCAGCAGCCAAAGACCUGACCGGUACCACCGAGCCCACCAGCCCCUCCUCCUCUACCUCCUCUCCCACCCAAACCACCUACCUCACAUCUGCAGCACAGCAGCGCAGCAAAAGGCCCAGAAACUUUCUGGAGCUGAAAAACUUCAAAGACAACUACAACACGCUGGACAGCACGCUCUGAAAUAACCAAAAGGAAAAGGUCAAAGACUAAUGCCUGUAAUCCCAGUGCCUUGCUCACUGUCACCUGACUAAACUAAAAAACACACUGCCUUCAUAUAACAACAUGCACUGCAGAAUACUGCAUAUCAGCAUACUGAUACACUGUUUUUUUGCCCAACUUUAGCACUUUUCUAUCCGGUAUUAUUGCAUGUAUUAGUGCUGAACUAAUUUAACAAAGUAGCUAAUGGUAAGUAGGGUUGAUUUGACCAAAAGACGAACACCUAUUGGGCUUAUGCAGCAGCAUAGGACAAUCAGUAUUUAUUGCACAACGUAAACACCUAUGCAGAUGUGUUCAAAUUAACAACAUGUGUGUUCAAAAUAACAGUUACUGGUGUUUAUAAAGUAAACUACUGUUUUUUGUGUUUUUAUAAUGAAAGAAAACCCUGUUUAUGUCAGUAAUGUUUACAUUUGUUUGUUUUCCUGUUCUUCCUUUGAGCCAUGGCUUUUUAUUUUUAAGCCUUAUCUUACAAAAGCCAUACUUCUGUUCAGGAAUUAUAUUGAUUAAGUGCCUCUUUUUUGAUCAGUUAUCUUCACUGAACAGUAUUUUAGUGCAUUAAUGUGUUUUGGAUUUGAGGUAUAACCUCAGGGGAAGACGUUUUGUAGUCUUACAAACUAGCCUUCUGAUAUCUGAGAUGCAUCGGUUUCAUUUGAUGUUAAAAUUAUCUAAUGCCUGAAUAUUUUUUCUUCAUUUCCUGUGGUGCCUGUUAUGCAUGUUGGCAUGCAAAAACACAAGUCAUACUGUCAAGUUGAGUUAAAAUGUUGCACAAUAUGCUCAACAUAAUACAAAGUAAACUCUGAGCUGAAAUAGCCACCUCUUGUCAUCUUCCUUUAUUAAGGAAACAGUGUAGAUUAUUACAUUUUUUUUUUUUUUUUUGAGCAACACUGAAGUAAACAAGAAAGCUGUAAGAGAAAAGCACACAUUUAUAAUGCAGAACAUCACAUAAAAAUGAUUGUUGUUAGAAAGAUUUUUUAAUUAGAUGAAGCCACUUUUUUUAGGUAAUGUGACAAGGGGGAAGCAGAGCUAAUUCAUUUAGUCCAGAAAAAGAUGAGGUGUUUUAAUUGGGAUAAAUGUAUGUAUUCUUACCUCUCUCUGCACUGUAAUUCAAAAACAAAAAAUUAACCUUGAUGAAUUCAACAAAAGCAUAAAAUAAAACUCCAUAUCCUACAAGUA